GACUCCUAUAUUACAAGGCCUCUGCUAUGCCCACUGAAGUACUCUGGGACCUCCAUGACUUCUAAAAGUUUUAAUCUACAGAAAUAGAUGCCUUUCUGAGCAUGAGUGGAUGAAUGCUGUUGCCCUUUCUUCUGUCUUCUAAUUAAAUGCUUCCCAUGUCACUUCUGCUCUGCCAACUCCGAUGAAAGUUUGGAAAUCAACAAAGAGAAGCAAACAUCAAGAAGAAUGGGAAGAUGGGGGAGGAGAUAAACAGUGAUGGAAAACGUAGACAUCAAAGGCACAAAACAAAGGUGUAAUAUGUCAGAGCGAAGUCCACCAGAGUAAGUGCACAGUGUGAAAUAAUGAAGAUGCAAUUUUGCUGCAUUUGAGAUAGCAUGUUGGAGCUGAUUUAUUCACCUGGACUUAAGUAGCAGGCAAAGUGCAACUGUAGAGUAUGAGGUCAUUCGUUUUUACACAUUUUUCUUUGCCAAGCUUCACUUGAAAGAGGAGGACUGACUUGGAAGGAAGAUGCUGUUGACGAGCUCAGUGGGAUUUAUUCUGUUCUUACUCUCUCAUUGCGUUGUGUCAGUGAGCACCAAAGAGGCAGUGGUCUUGGCUAAUGCCCACCUUCUACCCCAAAGAGGCUAUGAGAGACUGGGUAACGCCAAUGAAAAAGACUAUCCAAGGGAUUGUUUUGAGAUUUUUCAGCGCUCCAACGGAAAUUCCAGAGAUGGUCUUUACAUCAUCCAGCCAAAGGAGGACCCAAUUGUUGUCUCUUGUAACAUGCAGGAUGGUGGCUGGACAGUAAUCCAGCACAUUACAGCCAAUAGUACUGUCGACUUUGAUAGGACCUGGCAGGAUUACAAGUAUGGAUUUGGCUCUGUUCAUGACAACCACUGGUUAGGAAAUGAAUAUAUGCAUCAGUUAACUAGCAGCUCUGUGCAAUACAUACUUGGAGUUAAACUUGUAAACCUAAAUGCUGAAAUCAAGUGGGGACAGUAUGAACCAUUUCUUAUUGAAGAUGAAGAAUCUCAAUACCGAAUCAGGGUUGGUCUAUACAAAGGCAACGCCACUGAUGCUCUGACCCUGGACACAGAAGCUUAUCUCCAUGACAAUCAGAAGUUCACCACCAAGGACAGAGACAAUGACAAUUUUUUUCAGAAUUGUGCUAAACUGGAACACAAUGGCAUUCCUGGGGGAGGCUGGUGGUACGAUGCCUGUGCUGGAGCAAAUCUAAAUCGUAGGAACGUGAUAUACUGGCAAAAAGACUGCAACAAGCAACGCAUGUGCAAGUUUGCAUGGAUGAUGAUCAAACCCAUUGACCACAGCCUGUCAAUUCCAACCAAGCCCUGUCCAUGUCAGAAAGUUGAACUGUAGAUAUGGCACGCGUACUUUGAAAGGAACAUGGAUUUUUCGUCCAGUGACUGAAGUGAACUCACACUGAUUAAAUAAUCACAAUAAGUAAUCAUGAUUGAAAAUUUAAUUUGGGCCUCUGCAGGGGCUUUAUGAUAGCGUAUCAUCCAGGACUGGACCAGGACAUAGACAUCUACCAACCACACAAGUGAGAAGAAGUUACUGUCAAAAACCGAGGCCUCUACCAGAAGAUUUAAAUAACUAAUUUUAUAGUAUUUUAGCUGUAAGAGGAGUCAGAUAUGAAAUCCAGGAUAUGAUGUCUUGUACAAGAUAUACAUGAAUAUACAUUCAUUUCAGAAGGCUUUUCUCCAGUAUGAAUGUUCGUGAUUGAUCUCCUAUAAUUGCACAUCUUCACAUAUCAUGCAGGAAGGAAACUUCCAGUGAAGCACCUACGUUUACAAAAUGCAUAUUGGAGUAUUGUGUACCAUAGGACAGCACCAGGACUUUCCUUUUUACCUUUAGUGAACAGUAUUUUACUAUAUAAAAUUGGAAUUAGCCUCAUCUCCCAUGGCUUCUUUUCCCCUUCAUUGACUCUUCCUUUUAUCGCUACUUUUUAAUGAUCCCACACACAAAGAAGUAUUCAGCACAGGUUUCUUCCUUCUUUUUAGAGUACCCACAGCUAAUGGGAUCAUCAGCUUUCCCAUUUAAAGCUACUUAUCCAAAGCUUACAAGUCGUCUGAAUUUUUCCCCAAGAAACUCGGUGAACAUAUUUUGAAAGAUCAAAUUGAUGUAGUAAUUGUUUACUUAUUGCUCCAUUUUUUUUUUCUGAAAAUUACUCCACUUUGUUUACCAUGUUUUGACUGUUGCUCCUCCCUGUUCCAUGAUGUGCUUCAGCUUUCUUUUUUUUUAAUACCACCGUGAGAAAAGAAAAGAGCGUUGGCUUUAUUUCACAUUUGCUAGCUUCAAUUGUUUUGGUACCCAACCUUGGCAUUGUUUAAACAGUACCUUUUAUCUGAUUAAAAAAUAAAGAGAGAAUCUUUAAGAUUCGUGAUAAGUUCAUCUG